AAAAAAAAUGGAAACGGAAGCGAAGAAGCCGAUUUUUAAGAAAAAGGACCUCUCCGAGGUAAAUCCCACAGUGGGGAAGAAACGGCAGUGGAAAUCGUUGAAGCAAAUCCUGGCCUACGAGAAAACGCUACCGUGGAAGGACACCGACUUAACAUAUUCCAACGUUAAUGCACCGCCGUCGCUUAAACCCGCCAAGAAAUAUUCCGAUAUCUCCGGUCUGAUCGCACCGUACACAGACCCACACUCGAAGCUACGGUAUCACAACGCCGAAGAAUAUCAAACGAUACGCACCUUCCCGAUGGAUCUCACCGCCGGCUACCUUGCGCUCAGAGGUGCCACCAGCAUUGUGUAGUCG